UCAGGGCUCCCUGGCAGGCCAGGACAGAAGGGUUCUGAGGGAAGCAGUCCAAGUCUUCCUGGACCUCGUGGUGACAAGGGACGCAGAGGGCCCCAGGGCGCUCCUGGACCCAAGGGCUCCCUUCAGUUUGUCAGAAAACCACCGGAUGUGAAGGGUGACGCUGGAGACAUAGGUGACCAGGGUUGUCUGGGGGACCCUGGGUUGCCAGGGACCUCUUCACUGAAGGGUUACAAAGGGCCGAAAGGUGAUAUUGGACCAGACGGAAAACCAGGAAAAGAUGGUGACAUUGGACUCGGUGGAAUAUGGGGACCGAAAGGAGAGCCAGGACCUUUUGGAUUACAGGGACAUGUUGGGCCAAAGGGACCAAAGGGCGACCGUGGUCUGACUGGAGCUCCUGGUGAUGUGGUGUAUGGAGAUCAUCCCCUCGUCAAAGGUCGGACUGGAGUCCCUGGUUUCCCUGGACAGCCUGGAUUACGUGGACCACCAGGUCUGGAUGGUUUUCCUGGACCAAAAGGACUACAGGGUAGGGCAUCUUCCUUCAUUGGUCGACAAGGGCCUCCCGGACCCAAAGGUGACCCUGGAAUGAAGGGAGAGAGGGGUGAACCUGGACGCAUCCACUAUGGAAAAGAGGGUUGUCCCGGCUCUCCAGGACCUCCGGGCCCUCCUGGUGACCCCGGCCCUCCAGGGCCACUUGAUCCAGAUCCUAAUUGUGCUCGUGUGGGUAUCCCUGGCUUUCCUGGACAUAAAGGCUUACCUGGUCUUCCUGGACCUGAUGGGCGAUCAGGUUCACAAGGUGAUAAGGGUGAACCUUGCGACAGGUGUCGAGAUCCUUGUAGAAGGUGCGACAAUGUUGAACCACCAGGACCACCAGGACCUGUAGGUCCUCCUGGACUGCCUGGUCCCGAUGGUGUGCCAGGGUCACCUGGAGCCAAAGGAGACUAUGGUUAUAGAGGCCCUCCUGGUCCCCCUGGCUUACCGGGUUCACAUGGUCCCCCAGGCAGACCAGGAUCCCCUGGGCUCAAAGGCGAUGGGGGAGGCUAUGACUUUGUAGGUGUAAAAGGGGACAAAGGCUCCCCUGGCUUUCCAGGCCUCCCCGGGAGAAAUGGGUUGUCUGGUGCCCUAGGACGUCCAGGUCGCAAAGGUCCACCAGGCCCAAAGGGUGACUCUGCACUCUCUUGUGUGAAUUUGAGAGGGGAUCGAGGCCCGCGUGGGUUCCCGGGCCAAGCAGGACCUCCGGGGCCGGCUGGACCUGCAGGCCUGCUGGGGUACGGAGCACCUGGCUACACUGGGCCAAAGGGCAACGCCGGUGUGCAGGGUUUAAGAGGACCUCCAGGCAGCCCAGGUCAGAAGGGGGACUCCAGCACACGGUUCCCUGUGGUAGGAGACCGCGGACCGCCAGGAAGACCGGGCUCUCCAGGCUCCUCAGGGCCCCCAGGUUACCAAGGCCCAGGCGGCCCAGCAGGACGACCUGGUCUUCCUGGGGUGAAGGGAGAGCCUGGCUCCGUUCAGUCUGUAUACCCAGGAUUACCUGGACCCAAGGGCAACAAGGGCCAGCCGGGGCUGACUGGUCCCAGCGGGAUUGGACCCCCCGGCCGAUCAGGAGCUCCUGGGCGUCCUGGAGCAGAAGGAGAGAAGGGUGAUGCAGGAUAUGGGGGUCCAGGACCAGCUGGGCCUCCAGGCCCCACGGGGGCAGCAGGGGACCCAGGGCCACAUGGAGACGGUGGGCCACCAGGCAGUCCAGGAAGUCAGGGCAUCCCAGGCUUCCCUGGAGAAACUGGACCCAAAGGGGAUAAUGGUGUGAGGGGUGCCCCAGGUGCGGAGGGCUCCCCUGGGGCCUGCUCUGGACGUGGACCACCGGGGCUACCUGGCCCACCUGGACAUCCUGGGCCCCCCGGCCACCCAGGGUCCCCUGGUGAGAAGGGGUCUUGGGGAGCCAUAGGUCGUCCUGGGUUUGGUCUGCCAGGCGUCCCUGGACCCCCUGGUGUACCGGGCAUCCCUUCAUCAGGAUCGCCAGGCCCCGACGGAUCAAAAGGACGUCCAGGGAGAGAGGGGAUUCCUGGUGCCAAAGGGCUGACUGGAGAUCCGGGUCCACCAGGGAUAGGAUUUCCGGGGCAGGAUGGUAUUCCAGGCCCACCAGGACCGCCGGGUCCUAGAGGUUCUCCAGGGACACCUGGUUCUAAAGGUUACAGGGUUGAUGGCCCAAAAGGAGAUCAGGGUCCCCCGGGCCCCCCAGGCCUCCCACCGCCGCCUGAUCUUCAAGCUCCGAAAGGAGAGCCUGGCCCACCAGGUCCGCCUGGCUCACCAGGUUGCAAAGGCGGCCCUGGACACCCUGGAGGACCUGGCAAUGAUGGACGAGGUGGACGCCCAGGGCCCCCAGGGCCUCCAGGGCCUCCUGGUGAUCCUGGCAGCGGUCCAUGUGGGUUAGAACCUGGACCACAAGGGCCUAAAGGAGAACCAGGAUUCAGCGGAUUCCCUGGUAUGACAGGCAUGAAGGGGAUCC